AUUGGGAAUUUCGGACGGAAUUGGCUGACCUGACGACUAAUAAAUUCCGUGGAUAAAAAUCUCGCAGUUAGUAUAUUCUUUAUGAGAAGUGAAGAGCCACAUUACGAAUACGUACUGAGUCCCACGCGUUCUAGAUGUGAACACCAAAAUGUACUGUAGUUUCAUUCUCCAGUCAAGAGGCCGCUGUGAGCGCCACGUGCCACACGUUUGCGCCGUCGCGACGCUAGUACCGUCCUAUUCACCCCCAAUACCGUCGCUAUAGUAACAAGAGGGACACCCAAAGUAAUAAAGAGCGGGAGUGCGGGAAGUAGAACAUCAGUGCAGUGGUAGACGUGGACACAUCUAGUCGUCAUCUCUCAGAAGACGUCUUGUUAACACUGUCAAGAAACACACUUCUGAAAACAGCCAUACCGGAUUUUUCCAGAGGCCAACAUCUGACACCGUAAAACAAAGCGGUCCUGCGAAAAUAUGAAGACGGAAGAAAAGACAAACAUGCCUAGAAUACGCAUUGCCGUUCUGGGAAAGAUUAACGUCGGAAAAUCAGCUCUGACGGUCCGAUACCUCACGCGAAGGUUCAUUGGCGAAUACCGUUCAAACACAGAUCUGCUGUACCGCCAGACUGUUACAGUCAACAACACCCCGCUUGAAGUGGAAAUCAUUGACGUAUCAGGAGAGACGAGGGAUUCGACGUUUCCAUUGGAGCAGGUGCAAUGGGCAGAUGCUUGUGUCGUGGUGUACUCCAUAACGGACAAGCAGUCCUUCGAGUACGCAAUGGAAGCCCUCGAGAACUUCCAAAAACUUCGUCCAGUUAGCGCAGUCCCCGUCACGUUGCUCGCGAACAAGGCGGACCUCGAACACCUCCGAGAGGUGGAGGAGCUAGAAGGACGUACUGCAGCAAUUCAGAAUGGUUGCCAAUUUUUUGAAGUAUCCGUCGCAGAAAACAGUGCGGACCUGUACCAAGCUUUUGAAGUGCUCGUGAAUGAGUGUCGUUGCCUCCAAGGAAACACGAACAAUGGACAUCACAAGUCCCGCAAAUUUUCGGUAUCAAAGAUGAUCGGUACUCUAAUUGGCAGCAAUGGUAAAAACGGGACCAUCAGCAACCAGUCACAGCAACACACCCAGGGGGGCACGGUGGUCGUCUGCCAAAAGUCCGACCUACACCGCAGCCGAGUCCUAAAACGGCGCCAGAACUUCACGGCAACGGCUUCGCUGUGACUAGACCAGAGCCCGGCAGGUCCCAGCGACGCUGCUACGCGAUGCCCGACGGCAGUUCCGUGAUUCGUCAGCUGGUCUGCUGACUGCCUUACUCCCCUUAUCUCGCUGAAGGGCGUGCCAGCCGACGACGCACGAGAUUCACAGACGUCCCCCCGCUGCCACCGCAGCUGCCAUUAUUUUAAACUGAGUCACCAUAAUAAUUCUCAUCGUUCUGGCAAGGCGAUGGUAAGCGAUCUGAAGAAGAUGCCGAGUCCAGGUGGGAAUUAGCCUACAUUUAAAGAAUGCCAGUGACACAAUUAUGAAAACUUGGCACAGGCAACGCGAAGAGUCCCAAAACUGGGGUUGCUGUCAAAUUAAAUGACUAGAAGAGGAUCAACGUGAGAAGAAUUGACUCUUCGUCACAUUAAACCACGGACGAGGAAAUCUCUCUUCUUCCCGGUGAUGGGUUUUGUGUCAUGGUAAGAGAGGGCAUGGAGGUAAUCGGUCCGCUUCAGCGCCGAGUGAUGAAAGAGUACAUCUUCCCAGCCUCUGAAAGACAGGAGUCACUUGGUGUAACAUGAACAAAUACCAAUAAAAUAGGCCGGCCUAUACUUGAAUGUCUUUAUAUUUAUGUAGUAUAUCUGAGCAUGACAGAAUACUGAAAACAUAUCAAAGUGUCUUAAUGUCUGGCGAGGCUGGGUGGUUGUGGAUGAAGAAUAAUUAGAAAGCAGACUGAUCUUGCUUUAUGAGUUGUAAAUCUUCCAAGAGCUUUAAUUUUAUUCAAUAUCCUAUUUAAUUAUAAUUUAUUCAGCUACAUUUAAUUUUAUUUAUUUCUCACUUAUAAGGGAAUAUUAUAAACCAAUUUGCAUUUUGACUUUUCUGUUAAGUAUAUAACUGAAAGAUAGGGAAUCAACACUUCUCUCUCGUCAAUUUGACAUAAAACAUUGAGUUAAAUUACUGUAAUCAUAAAUGCAAAAAAUACACUCAACUGCCUAAUUUAUUUAACACUUUCCAACGCAACAAAUUACUUUCAAAUUAUUUUCAAUGUGGAAGAUAGAAAUGACACAAACCGGUAUUUAAAGGAAAGGUAAUAUAACAGGCGCAACGUAUCUAACAGAAUGUAAUUCUUAGCCUCGCAGCGAAUGGACAGCAGUUUACGAUGUAGGGUUAAUCUGCCCAUAUAACAUUGGGCCUGGAUAAAUUAAUAAGAAAGACAGUAUUCCAGAUGAACGGGUUAUGAUUGUGACAUUAUGAAAAUGAGCUUUUCGCAAAAGUCCGAUUUCAACUUUGGACAAUAACGUCACACAAAUGAAACGGACAGAACCAUUGUUCCGACCGGUUCAAAUUAGAUCAUCACACCCAGUGCCAUUUCUAAGAAAUACUGGCAGAAAAGAAUAUUUAUUAUGGUUAGAUUUUAAAGUAUUUCGGAAACUAAAAACUUUCUGAAUUACCCGUUGUAAUAAUACAACAGCUUGAAUGUAAAUAAGAGGUGUUAUUACAACAACAAAACCAUUAAAGAUCGUUGUAAACA